AUGGUUAGUGAUCUUAUUGACAGUGAUUUACGGUGCUGGAAACGGGAUCUUAUCUCCAAUUGCUUUGGGCCUGUGACUUGCUCGCAAAUAUGUAGUAUACCUCUCUCGUGGAGCAGCUUGGACGACACCAUCAUUUGGCAUGCUGAAAAGGAUGGCACUUAUUCGGUGAAAUCCGCGUAUCACAUCUUGCGCGCUAAACGUGAUGCCAGAGAUCCAGGACCGUCCAGCCGUUCCCAAAGCAGAAUUUGGAAACAAAUCUGGAAUGCGCCUAUUCAUACCAGAGUCCGGAACUUUCUGUGGAGGCUAGUCAAAGAUAUUCUCCCUAUUCGUGUAAACCUCGUUAAGAAAGGUGUUAAAACAGCCCUGGAUUGUCCCCUCUGUCAAGAAAACGAAGAGACUGUGGACCACUUAUUCUUUCACUGUCAGCUUAGUAGAAUGGUUUGGUUUCUGUCCCCCUUGGGAUUAAGGAUUGAUGCUAAUGCUAGUACUGAUUCCUGGCUGGAGAAGGUUUUGUGUGAUGGGGAUGUUCUUGGCUCCCAAAUUUUCUGUGUCACCUUAUGGAAAAUCUGGCACCAUAGAAACAUGGUUAUUUUUAACAACGGCAGGUUCGAUCCACAAUUGGUGGCUGAAGAGGCGAAGGAUUGGGUCCUAGAUUUUAAUAAAUCUAAUCCGGUACAAAAGCCAAGCAGAUCACAACAGGAUUUGGUUAAGGAGGACGACAUUGGCAAUGACUUGGUGCGAAUCUCGGUGGAUGCUGAAGCUUAUGCUAUUAGAUGGGCACUUAGCAUUGCAAGAAGUCUAAGCAUCCACAAGAUUAUUAUUCUUUCUGAUGCACUCUUGGUUGUUGAUAGUAUUAAUCAAGUUUCUACUGUUGCUGUUUUAGAACCUUAUGUUGUUGACUGUCAGGUUUUAUUAAGUUCAUUUAGUGAAAGCACGGUUAUUUUUGUUAGAAGGGAUGGCAAUCAUGAUGCCCACCAGCUUGUUGGUUUGGGUCAUAACUUAGGUGCUAGAUCAUGGCUUGGUUUCCCUUCCUCUUCUGAAAAGAUUGGAGAUGAAGCAGUACAGGAUGAAGGAUUUGAGACUAACCUCAUUAGAUAUGAAGAUAUGGAACUCAAUAUUUCUCUUGUAUCUGAGCUCAUAGAAUCAGGAAAAACAACGUUUAAGGAUCUCCGUAAUGAAUUUGAAGAGAAACUGAUUAUGUGA